AUGGUUUGGAAGUUUGAUAGCAAAGGGGUAUUUUCUACCAAGUCUGUUGUGCAGGUCAUACACUCGGAGACUCUGUCGGAUGAGAUAACGAGCUACAGUUUCACAAGUUCGGUUUGGAGAGGAGUGGUACCACCGAGAAUUGAGCUUUUUGGGUGGUUUGUGCUUAUUGGUAGAGUGAAUACUAAGGAGAGAUUGAGUAGACUAGGUGUUAUUAGACUCAAUGAUAAUCUAUGUGUCCUAUGUCAGAAGGAGAUAGAGUCGGUGGAACAUUUAUUCCUACACUGUGAGCUAACGUGGCAGGUGUGGUGCAGUUGGUUGAGGUCUCUUGGGGAGGUGUGGCCUAUUCCUGGAACCAUUAGGGAACUAUUUGAGCGGUGUACUGGUAUGCAUAAGCGGAAACAAGAUCAGAAGAAAUGGCUGCCAGGCUUUUUUGCAGUUAUUUGGAACAUUUGGGUGGAACACAAUGCUAGGAUUUUUCAGAAUCAGGAAACAGGUGUGGAGUUCAUAAUAAGGAAGACGACGCUGAGUUACAACGAAUGGACCGCGAGUGAUCCGUUUGGUGGUUGA